AAUAAGCGCGCGGCAUUCUAAUUUUCUUUAUUGCUCACUUGUGCUUUCUACCUCUAAGUCAAGUGCUAGACAGUCGCUUAGUUACUUCUGAUAGAUCUUCUAGACUUCACGUAACAUUAACUAAAACAAAAAAUGUCUAAAGCUUUUACCAUUGAGAACCAUCACAACCUUGCAAGGCAUUCUCAUGGCCAAAUACAGAUAAUUUUUGGACCAAUGUUUUCUGGGAAAACAACUGAAUUAAUGAGGCGAAUGAAACGCUAUCAGAUCGCCAACUAUAGUUGUCUUAUUAUCAAAUAUGCAAAAGAUGUUCGCUAUGAUGUUGGUGGGAUAGCCACUCAUGACAAACAAGUAUUGGAGGCUGUUCCAUCAGAGAGAUUAUCAGAUUUGCAAUCAGAGGCAUUAAAACAUGAUAUCAUUGGUAUAGACGAGGGACAAUUUUUCCCUGAUGUUGUAGCUUUUUGUGAGAAAAUGGCAAAUCAAGGCAAAGUUGUUAUUGUGGCUGCUUUAGAUGGAACAUUUCAGAAAAAGGGCUUUGGGGACAUACUAAAUCUGGUGCCACUGGCUGAACAUGUGCACAAGUUAACAGCUGUGUGUAUGAACUGCUAUAAUGAAGCAUCUUUUACUAAAAGAAUUGGCUCAGAAACACAGGUUGAAGUAAUAGGAGGAGCAGACAAGUAUUUGGCGGUCUGUCGACAGUGUUACGACUCCCCCGUCAAGAAAUCAGCGAGGAGAUCACCACUUAAGUCUAUAAAUGAAAACGCCCAUCAACAAAUUCAGCCUCGAUGUCUAUUUAAUGAGAAUACUUUGUAAUGCUUUCUUAUUAUUGUCAAUGACAUGUUUAGCCCAUAUCUUUUAAUAGCUGUGUAUUGAUGAGUAGUCGAUUGACUUUUUAUUACGGUGAUUUUUUUUUUUUUUUUAAUGUUGUCUUUUAUAAAGAUGUUUUAUGCCAGUAUUUACGUUUACAAUAGAAAUUGCACAAAAAAGUGCAAUGUUUUUGCAUAAUAUUACUGUUGUCUUAAUAUAACAAUACCCAUAUAUUUUUAUUUGGCUGUAAAUAAAGCUUCGUGCACUUUUUUGUUAACUCAAAGCUUAACACAUUUGUU